GGGACACACGGCCAAUAACACGUCAUCGGAAAAAAUACAACAUAUAACAAAGAAGUUUACUGUCGCUUCUAUAAGUUCCGAUGUGUUGAAGUGUUGUGUACAAAGUGUUGUGUAAUUUCAAAAUUAUUAAGAAUGCCGUCGAAUAGAGAAAUGUCUGGUGGCAUGACUUCCAAUUUUCCGUUUUCCUUAGAAAACAUACCUAGACAAGAGAGCUGUGGGUGCUUCUCUCUAAAAUUCGGAUGCGUUCUAACCGGUUUGGUUGUUAUCCUAUAUUCAGUAAUGGCUUUAGCACAAUGCAUGGCGGCCCUGAGCAGCCUGCCAAUCCAGUUGGACCUGACCGACCUCAGCGAUAUAGCGAUGUUGACCCUGGUGAUCUGCGUCACCAUAAUCCAUGCCAUCACGCUUUUCCUGAGUGCAGUCCUACUGGUUGGUGCCAUCAGGGAGAAGGCAUACUUGGUGAGGCCAUGGGUGAUAUGGAUGGCGAUGCAGGUGACGGUGCUGCUGCUGCUGUUCGUCUUCUGGACCACCAUGAACAUGAUCAAUCUCUUCGCUGACACCUCCCUGCUGGUCUACGUGGUCGAGUUCCUUGGAUUGCUGAUCCGGUUUUACAUGCUGAUGGUCGUAGGCAGUUUCUACAAGCAGCUCAUAGAAGAUGCUGGAGAGCACAAGAAUCUUCUCAAAAUAUUCAACAGCGAUUCGUUUUAUACUGUUUAGUAUGGCAAAACAAGGGCCCUAUUACAGCAAGUCGACAUGUCACUAUCAUAUUAUGUCGACGUGGUGAAAUAGGGCCCAUAUUAUUAUUCAAUUGUUCUAGUGUAGCGACGUAAUAAUAGACAUGAAAUGUAUUUGUAUUUCGUUGUCAUGUAAUAGCUGAAAUUAUAGUUAGUUUAACUCAAGCCGUUAUAGUAUGUAAUUUAUAUUAAAAAAAAAAUGUGUGCAGGUGCACGGACCACACAUCAGAAGUUAAACUUUUUUUCUUAAAUAACCUUACAUUAGGCGAUGCAUACGGCAAAGGGGAAUCAAACAGCGCACGCUUCACUCAUGUAAUAAAUAUUAUUAUCCAUAGGAUUUUUAAAAAAAGUUUCACUUCAAAAAUAAAAACCGUAUAUUUUUGAACUUUUUUCGGGAUCACAUUCAUAUUCAAGACGCCAAUCACAACAAAACAAUACCACGGUAAUAUUAUGACAGUACCGUAUGUGAUCAAUGAAUGAAUUGACGUUUUGUUUGCGCUAUAAACACAAUUUUUUGAAAGGUUGAACACAAUGGUUGAACUCUCCCGCCUGGCCAAAUCUUUUAUCCGUUUUCCUCUACUAAUGAAACCAAAUAAAAAAGUAGUCAAUAUUCUAAUCGGCAUCAGUUUUUAAGAUUAAUCGUCUUGUACAUUUGUAAAGAAAUAUGAAAUAAUUAAGAUCUUAAGUUGAUAAUGUCAAAUAAUUAUGUUUUUUUUUCUAAGAUUGUUUUUGUUAAUUUCUCAGGGGAAACUUUGUUCUGAGGAUUUUGUUUUUACAAGAAAAAAAAAAUUUUUUUUUUCAUACCUUUAUUUGGCAUAAUA